AGCCAGCAGUGACAUCACUCUCCAGAAAUCCCCCUUGCUUCAGUAAAGACGAAGCGCCCGAGCGACGGAGAGAGACAAAUAGAGAAAUAAAGGAGUUUGCUGCUGUUCCGAGCUUCUUGUGUGUUUAAGCUGAUUUUACAACCAAGACGUUAAAGGAUGUCCCUGUAUCCAUCCCUCGAGGACCUCAAGGUCGACAAGGUCAUCAAGGCUCAGGCCCAGUUUGCCCAGACCACCACCCCCAUGCCAGCCAUAACUGAGGGAACCUACCAGUUCCAGCCUGCCACUGCUGGGAUGCCAGGAUCAAGCUUGUACCCGAACCUGGAGGAGCUGGGAGACUACAUGGGUCUGGCCCUUAACAGUGAUGAAGUCCAGAGGAACCUGGCCUUGAUGCCUGUGGCUGACAAUCAAGUGGCAGUGCCCUCCCUCUCAGGCGUUGGGGGGAUGGUGCGGCCGGUGACGGGGGCAGACGUCGGCAUCAGGAGGGCAGAGAUCCGCCCAGGGCUGCGGGAGAUUAUCCUCUGUAAGGACCAGGACGGGAAGGUGGGACUCCGUCUCAGGGCCAUCGACAACGGAGUGUUUAUCCAGCUGGUGCAGGCUAACUCCCCUGCGGCCCUGGCCGGACUGCGUUUCGGGGACCAGGUCCUUCAAAUCAACGGGCAGAACUGUGCCGGCUGGAGUGUAGACAAGGCCCACAAGGCCCUGAAGAUUGCGGCCGAGACUCGCAUUGAGCUUGUUGUCAGGGACAGGCCAUUUCAGCGCACCGUCACCAUGCACAAAGACAGCUCAGGCCACGUCGGCUUUAUCUACAAGUCUGGUAAAAUCACCUCACUGGUCAAGGAUGCCUCUGCCGCCCGCAACGGCCUGCUGACUGAACAUUACAUCUGUGAAAUUAAUGGGCAAAACGUCAUUGGACUCAAGGAUUCUCAGAUCAAGGACAUUCUGGCCACCUCUCCGACCGCCAUGACCAUCACCAUAAUGCCCAAGUUCAUCUAUGAACACAUGAUUAAGAGGAUGUCGACCGGGCUCCUGCGGUCAGCCAUGGAUCACUCUGUCCCAGAGGUGUGAAGACCAGGAGGAGGACUGUCAACUGUCAGGGUGUCUACAAUACAGAGAGAUCUCUCUUUGCUCUUUCUCUCUUUUCCUCAUAUCUUUAUCUGUCUCUCUCUCUCUCUCUGUCUCUCUCUCUCUCGCUUUCUGUCUUCAUACCAAACCACCUCCUGCAUCACAAUCAUCAUCGUCGCCAUUUCUCAUCUUUAACAUGAUCUUAAAAAUGCCUUUUUUUCUAUUCUUCAGUCAUUGAAUAUAUUCUCUACCUUUUCUACAUUUUCAUCAACUCUGUUGACAUUUCUAGUACGUUUUAUAUGUUAACCUCAUAGUCUAAGUAUUACAUAUUUUAUUUUCUUGUUUUGUACUUGAGAUCAAGAACCGUACAAAAUGUUUUUGUUUGUUUUUUAAAGCCAUGCACACUAUCAUGAGUCCAGAGCUUCCUCUUUAUUGUGAAGGUGAAUCAUUGGCACAUGACGUUUCAUCUUGUCAAAAUGCUGUAAAAGCCAGUGGUCAGUCAUCAGAGCCCUAUCAUGUAGAUCACGGCUGUGCUCCCAGUCCCUGCACUUAGCCCCUAAUGUGUGUGAACAUUAAAAAUCUGAGCUGAAUGAACACCUGGGGCCUCAUGUGAAAAAGUAUGCUGACUGAUUCCAGUGUCACUUUUACUUGGCCAGUAAAACCUAAUAGGUUAGUUAGUUUAUACCAUACAUUGGUGAAAAUUAGUGUUAUUUUUGGCAUUGAGAUAAGGUUUUGUUUUUUUUUUGUUUUUUUUAUGCUUCCCAGAUUCUAGCGUAAUUUACAGCAAGGCAGUUUCCACCUUCUUCAAGAGAUGGCAAUGUAUCAUUGUAUCACAUUUUCUGUCUCUGCGGGCUAAGGUCAUGAUGAGACUCUGAUGUGUUGAAUUUAUAGGUACUGGAAACACUGUGCACAUUCCAGGGGAAAGUGUAGGGAAAGCAGGGCAGCAGUAGAUGUUUGUUACCCUUUGCAGCUGGGACCUAACCCUGUCCACAAACACCACAAGAGCUGUUAGGCAAUGAAGAGCACAAGUCAGCAACAUCAAAAUGAACUAUGUGAUUGGCUAUCUGGAGGUCAGGUUUGUUGUAUAUGGUCUUCAAACCAUAUCAUUUUCAAGGGAAUUGUUGGUAUUUGUUUGGACAGGGUCUGUGCUGGGCCGACCCACUAAGUGCACUUUCCACUACCUUGUAAGAGGUUAUCUUUCCUGUGUCCAUUUUUAGUUACGUUCAACAGUUGUACUUUUUAUUGUUGUGUUUGUGGUGCCUCAUUUUAAUCAGAAAACUCAUGAAAACAUAUAACUUAUGUUAAACGAAGGAAACUGCUCAAAUUUGGCACUAGAUUCAUCACCUCAAAUUGAACGUAUUAAAAUUCCACCUCACGUGUUAAGCCAUUGACAUUGCUCUCCUCUGCGAAGUGUUAGAGGACGUCCCUCUGUAAUAUUCCUUCCUUGACUGAUGAGCGCAGCGAGAAUGAGGAGAGCUCACAGUUGUGAAUUUCUACUUCUUAUAUAAAGUUGCUCCUUUUAAUGCUGUUCAUGUUUGGAUGCAUGUAUUCCUUUAAUUUUCUAGGUAUGCAAUCUGAUAAACAUCACUGUCAUUCUGUAAGAAAAUUAGAAAAAUCUAAAAGUUUAUAUACGAAUGUAACCAAGAUAAUAUUGUAAAACAAAUAAACAGUCUUUCUGUUCA